UGUGUGUUGUACAGUUGGUACGGUAACUGAGGAAACAUCAAGACCACACUGGCUCCGCUGCGUGACAGCGACAGCCGAAAGGCAACAUUUCCUCUGAUGGCGGUUGGAAAACAAAGAACCGUUUAUCUUGUGACCGAUUUGUUUGACGGCUUUGAUUCUGAGCCGUAUAUUAUUGCUGCUAAAAUGAAGUUCAGUUACGGCUCUCCUCAGUCUCAAGCCGCAUCCGAUGGAUCUCUUCUGUCGCGUCCCAUUUACAGCCAAACCGAUGCAGCACUUCCCUCUGAUGCGGCCCCAUUUUAUGGAUUCUAACAUGGACUAUGAGAGGCCAAAUGUUGAGACUAUCAAGUGUGUGGUGGUUGGGGACAAUGCAGUUGGAAAGACCCGACUCAUCUGUGCCCGGGCCUGCAAUGCCACACUUACACAGUACCAGCUACUGGCCACACAUGUGCCCACUGUCUGGGCAAUAGACCAGUACAGAGUCUGCCAGGAGGUUCUAGAAAGGUCCAGGGAUGUUGUGGAUGAUGUCAGCGUGUCUUUGCGCCUCUGGGACACUUUUGGUGACCAUCACAAGGACCGCCGGUUUGCGUAUGGCAGGUCUGAUGUGGUGGUAUUGUGUUUCUCCAUUGCAAACCCAAACUCACUUUACCACGUGAGGACUAUGUGGUACCCCGAGAUCAAGCAUUUCUGUCCCAGAGCUCCCGUUAUCCUAGUGGGCUGCCAACUAGACCUGCGAUAUGCUGACUUGGAUGCAGUGAACAGAGCUCGCCGGCCACUGGCCAGACCCAUCAAAUCCAAUGAGAUAUUGGCCCCAGAAAAAGGACGUGAGGUGGCUAAAGAGCUAGGCAUAUCUUAUUAUGAAACUAGCAUUGUUGCUCAGUUCGGAGUCAAAGACGUUUUCGACAAUGCUAUUCGCGCAGCCCUCAUUUCACGUCGUCAUCUGCAGUUCUGGAAGUCUCAUCUACGUAAUGUUCAAAGGCCACUUCUCCAAGCCCCCUUCCUUCCCCCCAAACCCCCUCCACCCAUUAUCACGGUUCCCGCUGCUCCCAGUAACAUUGAAGAGCACCCUAGCCGCCUGUUGGAAGAUCCACUCUGUGCUGACGUCAUCUUAGUCCUCCAGGAACGUCAGAGGAUCUUUGCCCACCGCAUUUACCUUGCCACUUCCUCCUCCAAGUUCUACGACCUCUUCCUGACAGAACCUCGAGCUCCUGAGGAGAAUGAACGGGAGCGAGAACGACCCCGAGGGCCGCCGCUUUCUGGCCGUGACUUGCUGAUGCGGGCAGCUAGCUUUGAUGUUUGUGAAAGUAAUGGUGAUAGCGAUAGGGUAAACUUGCGCGCCUGUACCAGUGAUGGAACUCUAAAAGGUGGAGAUGGAGAUCACCGUGGUCGUCUUCUCCCAGCCUUGAGUCGUGCGUUCAUUAGCAUCCAAGAAGAGAUGGUGGAUGAUCCCGUCACCUUCAACCCUAGACGAAUGACUGUGGUGCACAUGGAUCCUUCAAUGCAGGCCGGUCCAUUCCGAUCUGUGUUGCGGUACCUGUACACAGGUAAACUCGAUGAGGGGGAGAAGGAGCUGAUGCAGGUGGCCCACAUUGCAGAGCUUCUGGAAGUGUUCGACCUGCGUAUGAUGGUGGCAAACAUUCUAAACGAUGAGGCCUUCAUGAAUCAGGAGAUCACCAAGGCCUUUCACGUGAGACGCACCAAUCGAGUGAAGGAAUGCCUGGCCAAAGGGACCUUCUCUGAUGUUGUGUUCAGGUUGGAUGAUGGCACCAUCAUGGCCCAUAAACCGCUGCUCAUCUCAAGCUGUGAUUGGAUGGCAGCCAUGUUUGGUGGACCAUUUGUGGAGAGUUGCACAAAAGAGGUGUUGUUUCCUAACACUACACGUAGCUGUAUGCGUGCUGUGCUGGAGUAUCUCUACACUGGCCGCUUCUGCUCUCGCCCAGAUCUGGAUGCCAUGGAGCUCAUUGUACUUGCAAACCGACUCUGUCUGCCUCACCUGGUGGCACUUACAGAGCUCUACACUGUGAAGGUACUAACAGAGGCUGCUAUGAUGGGAGCUGAUAUAGAUGGAGAUGUUCUGCUCUAUCUGGACAUAGUUCAGUUCCACUGUGCUCAUCAGUUGACUGAUUGGUGCCUCCAUCACAUCUGCACCAACUACAACAGAGUCUGCCGCAAAUUCCCUCGUGACAUGAAGGCCAAGUCUACAGAAAAUCAAGAGUACUUCGAGAAGCAUCGCUGGCCUCCGGUGUGGUAUCUAAAAGAAGAAGACCACUAUCAGCGAACUCGUAAAGAGCGCGAGAAAGAAGAUUACUUGUACCAAAAGCGCCAGUGUAAACGCAAGUGGCUCUUUUGGAAUCUACCAUCUUCACCUUCCUCCAAUUCUUCUCCUGGUUCCUCUGCAGUCAUCUGAUUAGGUGCACGACCCACCUAACAGCCCCAAAUGUGAGAUUUAAAAAGCAAUGAUAGCCUUUAACAGCUUAGCUCUUCAAGAUUUUCUUUCUGCGUUUCUGUUGAUCGGAUAAAGCUCAAAUGAAACAGGAUUGAGACAGUAAGUCGAAGAAAUGCAAAGCUUUUUUAAAAGCACUUUGUUGGGGCUCUUUACUGAAUGGACUUUUUGAUAUCAAAUCAGCUUUGACAAGGAUUGACCUCACAGCUUUGACGUGAUAUUAUACUCCAUUUGCUAGAAGAAUAUUCAACAUCGGUUCACAAACAGGACCUUCAAACGUAAAGCUGCAUAAUCUGUAGAGAAAACAUGUUGCAGGAUGCACGCAUUCUUACCUGGAAAUGCUAAGCUUGAAGUGCUUCUUAGCUCUGAAGGACAAGCGAACAGGGACAUUUUAGUGCAACCAGCAAAUAUGAAAAAUAUUUAUUCCUCAGUGUUUUGGCAAUCUACAAUCAACCCACUUCUCCAGAGCAUUGUUCACAAGAUUCAAACAGUGGUGUCUUCUUGCCCAUCUUUCACAAUAUACUGGUGAGAUAUCAAGCUCUAAUGAUAGUACUGUUGGGUUGUAUCAGUUUAAAUCUCUGUGAUCUAAACCAUAUGACAGGCACUUUAUCUGGAAUUAGAUCACUUUGCCUUGCUCUAGUCCUGCUUUUGAAGAAUUAUCAGGCUGAAUGUUAAUCAUGCACAAAAGACAAAUACUUUCAUAAUGAAAUUGUUUAUUCUGCACACUAUGGUCUAUAUUUUUGGUAACUUGCUAGAACAAGGCAAUCUUUCUUUUCUCUUUCUGCAUUUCUUCCUCUUCAAGGAAUAUUUCACCCUAAAAUUAAAAUAAAAUCAUCAUUUACUCUCAUACCAUGCUGUUCCAAAACUGUCAAACACAAAAGGUAUUGUUUGGUAGGAUGGAUAUGCUGCUCUUAUGGAUGAAAUGGAAGUGAAUAGUGACCGCGGAACAAAAAAAUUAGACAUUUAGCACAAUGUUCCAACUACUCUUUUUCAUACAAUAAAAGCAGGGACGGAGCAGUCCGGAAUAAAUGGGCAGGAUGUUGGGGUUUAGGGUUCCCCUAAAUGGUGACCAGGGACUGACAAGCUCAAACAAUGACUUAAAUCACCAAAAAAUGAGUCCAUAUUCCAAGUUUUCUGAAGUCAUAUGAUAACUUUAUGUGAGGAACAGUUUAAGUUGUAUUUAUGCUGCUUUUAUGGGACUCUUUGUCAUUUUUGGAGCUUGACAGUGCCUGGUCUGUGGAAAAGAGCAAUGUGAACAUGCUGCAUGUUUUUAGUUUUGUUUUGUUUUUUGUCAACUCAUUUUGUGUUCCACAGAACCAAGAAAAUCAUAUACAUUUAGUAUGACAUAAAUGAAGAUGGAAUUUAAAUUUUUGGGUGAAUAUUUUCGUUAAUAAUUAAAAUUGUUCACUCACUAUCAGCUGGCAUGUUAGGAAAAUAAAACAGACAUUUGAAUAAUUAUGGGUUUACACACAAAAUAAGCAUUUACUCGUAAUGUUACUUAUUUGUGUAACAUAAAAUGAAGUUCAGGUUUAAAUCAAAAUUGCCUCCUGAAAGCUGCAUUUUAUCUUGAUAACAAUAUUCUGUAAAAAAAAAAAGAAAAAAAAAAAGAAAACGUAACAACCUGUGAUAUAACCACAAACUUCAAAACAGGACCCAAGGUGUACAGUCACACUGGGUUUCUAUACAGGGAACAUAAACAGUGCCUCAACACUUCUGAUAUUUCAAAGUGUGAGCACAGGCUGCUGUCUUUUCCAAAGUAAGCUCACAAAUGAUUCAUUAUGUUGAUGAGAUCCUACACAGCUUUUAGAUUAGUUUCACGGGCAGGCCUGUGGCAAAGCUACCACAUAACAGCAUUUUCCAACAUGUACAGAAUCCCAUUCUGGGGACUGUUUAAGGUCUUUAAACUAUUAAUAUAGCUGCUAAUAAGAAAAAAGAUUUUAUAUGAAUAUUCUAAAAUAUUUUAAAACGCUUAUACUAAGGAAAAAAAAUUAAGGAAAAAUUACAUUUGAAAAAUGCAAUGCAAGGUAGUAUCGCAAAUUUACAUUUACAGUAUAUAUCUAUUUGAUAAAAGUGCAUUACCUGUAGGAGAGUGAAUUUCAAAAGCAUGGUUCAUAGUGUAGACUUAAACCCCUUUGCCAUAUGAAUGUUUAUGACCUAGUACAUGCGAGAUAGAGGCAAAUAGUGCUUAAAAUGUAGAAUGACUUAUAACAAAGAAAUAUAGUUGUUUUUAUAGCACCAAACGGACCUUUACAGGGAAAAAAGUUCAGGAGAAAAUAUAUUACACAUCCUAAUCUUUUGGCUAACACACACAAAAAAAGAAAGAAAGAAAAAAAAUACAUAUUUACAGAGGGCAAUUUGCUAUGCAUUUUUAGACAUUUUUAGCCAUUUUAAACACUGUAAACCCUAAUGUUCAGAAUAAUCAAUUGUUUAGAGUAGGGAAAAAUUUAAUCAUACAAAUUAGUUUAAAUAAACCUUGAUGAAUAUUUAGAACUUUCUCUUUCUUUUGAGUUUAUGAAACUGACACGUUUUAAGUAAUCUGAAUUAUUUAAUUUUUUUGAGUUUAAUGAACUUGCCUCUUUAAAUUUACAGGAAUUUAAAUUUAUUUGAAACUGGGCAGGGGAUUUCUCUUUCCUAGCAUGCUUUGUAUGGCACUUGACAGGGAGGGUAAAUGUUUAAAUAAGGUGUUAUAUAAUGUGUCUUUGUGCAAGAUGAAUGUCAAGUAGGAGACUUGUUAUUAUUUAAUGUUUUGUUGUGGUAUUUAGAAGAGUUUAUGUUAUGUUAAAGUUUUUGGGGAUUACCAUUAUGGUGAAUAAUGGAGCUUAGCUUGAGGAUGGCUACAAUUAAAGGUUGUACAACCUUA